GGUUUUUAAAUAAAUUCCUAACUUCGCAGUCGAUCAUCCUCCUCCUCUGUCUCCUCCUCCAUUUUGUCGAGAGUGAAAUUGCAUUAUUUAAUUUAAAAUUUAAUACAGCGUAAUCGAGUGAAAGCGGCACGCUAGAAAAGAGAAAUUUGUGCAAAAUGCCCGAGAACGCAGUGCCCUUAACUAAGGAUGUGUUGGAGAAGUUGAAAACCUCAUUUUUGGCCGAAGACAAGAACAUUUUCGCUCAGAAUGUGUGCACCAAACAGGACCCUUUUGAUGCAGCCCUCAGUCGGAAACGAAUUGAAGAAACUGUACAUGUCUACAAUACUAAGAUCGACGCGGAAGCGAAACCGAUGACCGACCAAAAAAAUUCAGGCCGUUGCUGGUUGUUCGCCGCCCUGAACGUCAUCCGAUUGCCGGUGAUCAAGAGUUUCAACCUGGACGACUUCGAGUUCUCCCAAGGGUAUCUGUUUUUCUGGGACAAAAUCGAGCGUUGCAACUAUUUCCUCAACAAUAUCGUGGAAACGGCCCGGAAAAACGAGCCGGUCGACGGUCGGAUCGUCUCGUUCCUGUUAAACGACCCGACCAGCGACGGCGGCCAAUGGGACAUGUUGGUCAAUUUGAUCAAGAAACACGGUUUGAUGCCGAAGAAGAACUUUCCAGAGUCGUUUUGUUGCACCUCCAGCGCCAAGAUGAACCAAGUGUUGAAAAGCAAGCUCCGGGAAUAUGCCAAAGAAUUAAGGGACCUGAUCAAUAAGGGCGGCAGCGACGGCGACGUCCAGAACCUAAUCAGAGACCAGAUGACGCACAUUUACAGGAUCGUCGGUAUUUGCUUAGGAAUCCCUAACGAGACGUUCACGUGGAACUACUACGACAAAAACAAGGCGUUCCACAGCGUCGGCCCGAUCACCCCCCAGAACUUCUACGAGGAACACAUCAAACCGAUUUUUAAUAUAGACGAUAAAGUCUGCUUGGUGACCGACCCCCGUAGCACCAAUCAAUACGGCAAAGUCUACACCGUAGAGUAUUUGGGGAACGUGGUGGACGGUAGACGGUGCAUCUACAACAAUCAGCCGGUCGAACUGUUAUUGGAACUGACGGCGAAGAGUAUAAAGGCGGGCGAGGCGGUGUGGUUCGGUUGUGACGUCAGUAAACGGUUCGCGCCCAAAUUGGGCAUUCAGGAUUUGAAAAUACAGGAUUUCCCGUUGAUCUUCGGGGUGGACAUUCAGACGCCGAUGUGCAAAGCGGACCGGUUGCUUUAUGGGGAGAGCGCGAUGACCCACGCGAUGGUUUUCACGGCGGUCCAUUUAGACGAUAAAGGUGAAGUACAAAAAUUGAGGGUGGAAAACUCCUGGGGCGAGGAGAGAGGCGAAAAGGGUUACCUGCUGAUGACCUCCGAUUGGUUCAAAGAAUUCACGUUCGAGGUGGUGGUGGACAAGAAGUUCGUCCCGCAGGAGGUGAUGGACGUGUUCAAACAGGAGCCGAUCGUGUUACCCGCUUGGGAUCCCAUGGGAACCCUUGCCAUCAAUUAAAUUUCGAUUUAACACCCCUCAUGUAUAGAUUUGCAUUUUUAAAUUAUUAUUAUUUUAUUUUUUUUUUAAUAAGGUUUUUGAUGUUUAUUUAAAGUGAUAUGGGUCAAAGUGAGGCUUAUUUGUGUCGUUUCCAUGAACGUUCAGUUACCAUUCGAUAGUUUAUUCUUGCCUUGACUGUAAUGGAUUAUUUACUUUCUAGUGAGGGCUAAUUUGUCAUACUUUUCGUUUGUUUAAUAAUCUACUUAAUCUGUAAAAUAAAAUAUUAUUUUUAUCUAUUAAAA